UUUGACAGCGAUGGGGGUGGUUCUGCUGGGCCUGAGCUUGACGCUAUAUUAUCGAAAAAGGAAGAAAAAUUGCACAAUAUGGAGAACAGAAGGAAGUAGAACUGAAAGCCAUAAGAAAGAUUAUGAGCUGCCAUUGUACCGCGCAUCUACAAUUUCAAAAGCCACCAAUAAUUUUUCAGAAAACAACAAGCUUGGACAAGGUGGAUAUGGGCCAGUUUACAAGGUUCAGUUCAACAAGAAUCAAGGCCUGGAAAAAGUGAUCUUCUUCAAAAUUUAGUAAGAAAUUUUUGAAAGGUGAUGGACACUUCUGCACACUGAGCAUCAUCCAUGCAUAUAUCUGUAUCAAUGUUCAAAUAUCCCCGUCUAUAGUAUAUGGGACGAAGUCUUCAAAUUCAAUACACAUAACAUAAAGGUUAGCCUAUGAGACAUAUUAAAAUAUCAU